AUGGCCGUCUUCAUCAUCUACGGAUGCCACUGGGGCAGUCUCGCAUACACCCAAGAUCCUUUCUACAACCAGCUCUCCGCUUUUGGAACUGGCGGUAGCGCAGGAGCCGAAUGGAAUGCCUCUCAGGGCUUCCACAACAUCACCAUGGUGCUCGUGUCAUUCACCUUCCUCGUCGCCACUUUCCGUGUCAACGCCUUCUUCGUCGCCACCUUCUUUGGUCUGGUCAUGAUGUUCUCUUUCAUCGCAGCCGCAGACUUUGCUGUCCCCAACGUCAAGACUGCUGCCGAUCUCGAGCACGUCGGUCUCCUUCUCAAGAUUGGAGGUGGAUUUGGUUGGUUGGGAUUACUCUCGGGUUGGUACUUGGCCAUUCUGACUGCUUGCGCUGCUGUCGGUAUCCCCUGCCCUCUUCCCGUCUUGGACCUUUCCGGUGCCUUCAAGAAGGACCACGAGCACAAGGCCUAA